AUGGGAGGUUGCAAAAAAAAUCCAGAAAUACAGUCGUCUGUGACAGAAAAUGUAAAAACAAAGCAUGGGAUGUGUAGUACUGGUGCAAAAUUUCCGUCGAAUACACCACUUUUCAGACUUGCUAAUGACAGCACUGCCCGUGUUGCUAAGGCCUUAACUCGGCAUUUUAAGCAGUUUAAGCUUGGAGACAACCAUUGUCGCUUGCUACAGAAUCAUAAUGAAGAGGAAUUGGAAAAGCAAUUAAUUUAUUAA